UUUUGACAGCUCGACUUACAUUUUCUCAGUUAUUCAGCGCCUAAUAUACAUUUCUAUUCCCAGCUCUGAAAAUGUUUCACAAGCUCUCUCAAUAAGCAAAAGAAGAAAACAGCAUUGGAAUUAUAAACCGUUUGAUUGCAAAAAAAUCAGUCACUUUAAUUUCUGAGUAUUCCUCACCUCGGUGGAGCUCUGCUUAUGUAAGCAGCUAAACCUGGUAAUUCGCGAAAUUUCCUUUAGGACAGUUUGAAGUAGAGUUAUUACGCUUACUGAGAUAUAAACAUAAAUAUAUCACGGCUUAUUUGCCAAAUACGAAGAUUUCUGCAGCAACUUACAAAAAUAUCGAAAGUCACAGUAUUAUGGAGAAAUUUUUUGUGAAAUACCGCAAGUUAGAGGAUGAGCUAGCCAACCCAAUUACCACAUUUAUGCGAGCGACCUUCGAUGAGUUGAAACUUGACAUUAAGGAGGAAGCGCACACCAACUAUACUGAAUAUACGAGUGGGGAAGCAUUCUGCGCUUCGCAAUAUCUUAAAAAAAUGGAUUCUAAGAGACGCCGUAAGGAACCUCUAUUGCUGCCAAUAAAAACAACCCCUAAUACUGCGGUGAGCGAAGAUGGUUAUGAACCGGAUCAAUAUGGAUUAAAAUAUUUGGCACAUCGAAUUAAGCUCCAGGCACGAGAGCUACUUAAUGCUCGCCAGUUUAUAAUGCAGGCUGAAGAAAUGAUAUCUAAAAGGAGUGAACGGGACAAGCGUCAACUGGAACGGCUUCGUAAGACAUAUGCUGUACAUAAAAAAAUAGUGAAUUAUACAAAAUUAUCAAGUGCGUUGGCGUACGCCGAGACUGUGGACACCGCAGAUGCCGACAAAUUUGGAGAAACAUACCAAUAUGAAUCCGAAUAUUUUUAAAUUAUAUUAUCUGUCGAGUCAAAAAAUAAUCUUAUAGAUAUACACGUAUAUCAAUGUAGUGUGGACUAUAUAAAUAGUUAUUGUAACGUAAAAUAUUUAUCCUAAAAUAUGAUUUACCUUGUUCUUUGUUGGAACUUAAGUAGUUUUACUAAAAAAUAUUUUUACUGUGUUUUAAUUAAUAUAUUUUAAUUUCAUUCCAUUGUAUGUGACUCUUAAAUGUGUAAUUUUAUGUAAUUUCUUUAAAAAUUAAUAAAGUGCUUGAUACGUCGGA